AUGGUCGCCAAUCAAAAUGAAGAUCGCCGCUAUGGGUGUGGGCCAAUAAAAUUUAGUUGUAUACAGAGACUGAAUUCAAUCCGAUGGCACGUUUUCUGGCAAUGCAUUUUCAACUUUUUCGGUGGAUUCAUUGUAAGUGGCGUGGUGAAUGUAAUCAUUCCAGCUCUAGAAAAACGUUAUGAACUGUCUAGUUCAAAAUCGGCCAUCAUCGUCAGUGCCAAUGAUUUUGGAGCUUUCGUACUAUUAAUCUUUAUCGGUUACUUUGGAGAAAGACGCCAUAAACCUAAACUGAUGGGGUCUGGAAUCUUAUUAAUGGCGUUUGGUUGUCUUGUAUUUUCUCUUCCGCAGUUUAUCGGAGAAAAGUAUGCUUACACAAUUUCAGGUAUGAAUAUUUCUCACAAUUGGAGUGACAACCUUUGCAGCACAAGAAAUACAACGUCUUCAUGUUCAUCGGACGUUGAUGACAUCAAAGAAUACUUCAAAGCUUAUUAUGCCUUGUUUAUUGUUGGACAGAUGUUAUUAGGAAUAGGUGCUGUUCCCAUGUUUACUAUUGGGCUUAGUUAUAUAGACGAGAACUGUAAACAGAAAUUAACAUCAUUUUAUAUAGGUUUAACAUUUUGCUCAAAUGCAGUUGGGGUUGCCAUAGGUUACAUCGUAGGAGGUAAUGUUCUGAACGUCUUUGUUGACGUAGACAAAUUUGACAUAGCAAACUUACCACUGACAUCAUCAGAUCCGCAAUGGGUAGGAGCAUGGUGGAUUGGAAUCAUAAUAGCUGUUCCAGCAUUUAUUUUAGUUUCUUUUCCAAUACUUGGGUAUCCUCGACGUCUUCCAGGUUAUAAAGAGCUUCAAAAGCAAAGACAGUCUGAAGCGUACGAUAAUGAUGCGGAACAAAUCACUGCACAAGCAUCAUUUGGUAAAAACUGGAAAGAUUUUCCACGAUCAUUUCAGCUUUUGAUCAAGAACCCUACAUAUGUUUUCCUUUGUUUGAGCAGUGUGUGUGAAACUUUGCUUAUUGGUGGCACUGCAACGUUUGUAUCAAAAAUAAUACAAGAAUUUUUCAAUGUUGACCUAGCUACUGCAGGAAUUAUUAUUGGUGCUUUAACAAUCCCUGGAUCUGGCGGUGGAAUGAUAUUUGGAGGAUAUAUGGUUAAGAGGCUAAAUCUGAAGCUUCGUGGAAUAAUAUACUUUUGUUGCAUUAGUAUUGGCCUCGCAGCUUUACUUGGACCAUCAUUCUUAGCAAGUUGUCCGAGUCAACCACUUGCUGGAGUGUCAACAAACUACAAAGUAGAAGUUGGAACUACCUUGAUUGCUGGUUGUAAUAAUGAGUGUGGUUGCACAACAGCAGGGUUUGAACCAAUAUGUGAUGAAAACAAAUUAGUUUACUUUUCACCUUGUCAUGCAGGUUGUAAAGAAGCUAUUAUUGCAAAUGGAACAAAGUCGUAUAUGAAUUGUGAUUGUAUAAGCCCAGCUCAAAACACCGUGUUGGCAGUGUCUGGUUCCUGUUCUGAAAAAUGCAACUGGUUUUAUGUGUUUUGUGUAUUAUUCUUCCUUAUAAUGUGGUUCACAUUUUCAACCAUGUCACCAAUCGUCACAGCAAUAUUCAGAUGCGUCCCGAAUGAUCAAAGAUCUUUUGCUAUUGGUUUACAGGUGCUACUUGUUCGUUUGUUAGGUACCACUCCUGGUCCUAUAUUUGUGGGCGCAAUAAUUGACAGUUCAUGUGAUGUAUGGCAGAAUACAUGUGGAGAGCAGGGAUCUUGCUGGAUUUAUAACAAGUCAGAUUUAGGACUUCGUAUAAUGGUUUGGUGGAUAUGCUUAAAAGUGUUGGGAUUUAUAUUCUUAUUCUUAGCAGCUAAAUUUUAUAAACCUCGAAAAGAGAGUACAGAAAUAAAGGUCUCACAACCAGAAAGUGACAAAGUGAAAAAUAAAUUUGACAUAGAGGAAGAAUUUACAAAGCUUUGA